AUUAAGAAACUAAUAUUUCCUGCUACAGAAACAGAGACAUAACUAAGAAACUAUAAUAAAUUACAAUUAUUCAAAUAACUUUGAAUCAUGGAAUCUAAAUCAAAUGAAUCUGUCAAGUAUAAGAACAAACAAAUUGCUACAAGUUCAAAAAGUCAAGAAACAAAAAUAGAACAAAAAGCACAUGAAGAGGAACAUUAUUUACCAGGAAAGUCACUUUGUGUUGCACCUUUACCAAAAACUAUAUCGCUAGAUGAUUUAGUGAAGUUUCUUUAUCAGUUUGGGACAGUUAAAAGACACCAUACUGGACGGAAUUGCUUUUGGAUUGAGUACACUGAUAGCAAACCUGUUGAUAUUUUAAUGAGUAGGACAAAUUGGCUACCAAAUGAAAGGUUAUGUUUAAAAAGACUGAAGAAAAACGGAGGAAAUUUUGACUCUGAUAAAACGCCACAGCAAAAAAAUACUACGCCGAAAAAACCUGAAGAGGAAGAUCCAAUAAGUUACGAUCGGAUAAAAAGUGUUAUUGACAACGAAGUGACAUUCGACAACCAGUUGGCAGCACUAUUAAACGCAGUGCAACUUACUGAAUUUGAAUUAUCGAUGAGAUAUGAUAUCAUUUGCACUCAUCUGGAUGAAAUAUUCAAACCAAUUUUCCCAGAAUGUAAAGCGUAUAGGUUUGGUUCAACAUUGGCGCAAUUAAGUUUUAAAGAGAGUGAUUUAGAUAUUUACAUGGACGUCGGUAGAAUCGGUUUACAUCCAUACUAUAACAAACCUGAUAUUCCAUCACAUGUAUGGACGCCAAUGAUUUUCAAAAGAGUGAGAAGAGUUAUGUAUAGUAUGAAAACUGUAUUCUCCAACAUAAUAUCAAUUCCUAAAGCGAAAACACCUAUUAUAAAGUUUCGUUAUAUACCGACUAAUGUCUCCUGCGAUCUUUCUUUCAAAAACAGCCUAGGCAUCUAUAAGAGUAACUUCUUAUAUUAUUGUGCAUCACGUGAUCCCCGUUUAAGACCAUUAAUGCUAAUCAUCAAGUACUGGGCAAAGCAUUUUGGAAUCUCGGGUAUCGGAAGAAUUUCCAGUUAUGGAUUAAUAUUGCUCAUUAUCUUUUACCUCCAGCAAGAAUCAGUUGGUCUUCUUCCACCUUUACUAGAUCUUCAGAGAACUUGUGAACCACAGAUUAUGAAUGGGUGGCAAAUAAAUUUUAAUGAACAUACUGCAUUACCACCUAUUACCAACAACUGUAAUAUUGCAACUUUGCUCCAUAAAUUCUUUUCCUUUUACGGCGAAUUUGAUUUUAACUCUUGUGUAAUUUGUUUAUUGGACGGAAAAACAUAUUCAACUCCUGACUUCUUACAGCUAGAUAAGUUACCUAAUUACAUGGAUUUAUACAAAAAUUACGUCACGGAUAAUAGUACUAAGAAGUUGGAUGUUCAAAAGCCAAUAUGCCUACAGGAUCCGAUCGAGCUUAAUCAGAAUACAGCUGCAAAUACGUCGGAUCGUGCGUUAAUAGCAUUUCAACAUUGUUGCAAAUUUAGCGCCGAUAUCUGUGCAGCUUCCGUAGCAAAUAAUUACGAUUACUUAUUGACCAAGAUAUUCAGUACAAUACCUCCUCAAUUGACGCAGCUGAAGAAAAAGAGGAAGAAGUUUAAAACUAUAAUAAGAGCUGGUCGUUUUGUUCAGGCUGGAUUACCAGAAGAUUUUGAAACACGUACAGAUAUUACUAAUAAGGAGCAGUAUGUGAAGGAUAAUUGGUAUUUCGUCACUUUUAAUCUCAUAAGAGACAUCUUGGAGUUAAUCUUCAAGUUGCAAGUCGAGGUACUUCUUGAUCAAGAAGCGAAGCAGCAGAAAGUUGAAGUACUGUCCGACGUACAUACUAGAGAUCACCAAAAAAUAACAUUUCACUGCACAGGAGAUAAAUGUGUGUGGUACAAUAGAAAGAAAAAUAAUAGAACUCUUUUAGAUGUUCAGUUAAGUCUUCUUGAGAAAGAAGCAAAAAUAUCGGACAUAAUAGUAAAACAAUUUGAUGAACAUGAUAAGGGAAACAACGUAAAACUAGAUUUUAUAUGUACGUUAGAAAAGUCGGAUAAUCCUGUAGCAGUGAUCAUAAUAGUAAACGAUGAGAACAGUCAAAAUCACAUCAUUCGACAAUUUGAGUGUUUCGUAAACAGUUGGAUACCAAAAAUAAUAAACAAAACAUUUCUACACAUGUUGCAGUUCAAAAAAACCUACGAUCAAUUGAUAUAUAUCGCCGAGUGUCAUCAAAAGUCACGAUGAUCAUGAAAAUGUACAUCAUAUACUUUCUGGCAUGGACCAAAUUAGCAGUUUAUUUCUCAUGAUAGCCUGUUAAUGCAUUAAUAUAUAACGUAAUAUAACUCUGAUCAUAUUUAUCAAACUGGAUUGUUUCUGUUAAUUUAGAAAAUAUAAAUCCAGAGUGUCUUCAGAAAGCAUAUAUAUAUAUAAAUGAGAGUCAAGAGAACUACCUGGUAAAAAAUCGUACAUCAAAUAUAAAUAUGUAUAAAAUAUGUUUUCUUUGUCUUGUAUGAUCUCUCUAUAUGUACAGGAAAAAUGGAAGAAUAAUUAGAAAAGUAACUUGUAUUAUUUUUUAUACAAGAAAAAAAUUUGCAAUCAUAUAUAUCCUAUAUAUAAUUAUAUAUACAGUUUUUUUAUUUCCUUGAAGGGGGAAGGUCUAUAUGGACUGAUUCUGGCACUCUGCAAAUUUUGUCUAAACUCGUGAAAAUCUAUAUCUUGAGGACAAUUACAUUCAAUUUUAAUAAUUCCAGCUCAAAUGGAAAUAUUUAGUGUGGUUAUCAUAUUUAUUUUAAAAAUAUUUUGAAUACUUGAUGUUGAAAAAACUUUCAAAAAAAAUGGCAAUUGUAUUGGAAAAUCAUUCUGAAAUGGCAGUUUUCUCAAUUUUUAUUGCAUUUGAUGCUGACGCUUACAUAUUAGAAUGCAAACAAUACGUAUCAAUAAACCCUCCCAAACAAAAACAUCUCCGUUUGAGCUGGAGUCAAAUUAUAAAACAGAUCACAAAAUAUAGAUUUUUACGGGUUUAGAAACAAUUAGUAGAAUCAGUCUUUAUACUCUUUCUCUUUUACAUUUUAUUAGAAAGUGAUUAUUUUAUAUUUGCUAGAAAAGUAUACUAAUUUUUCAAAUUUUUUUUUAUAAUACUACUUUGUAUAUUCUCUAUGUUAUGUUUUAUUAUAUUUGAUAUUUUUUUACCAAGGUAGCUUCUAUAUAUCAUAUAGUUUUCAACAUUUAUACUACUAUGAUAUUAAUUUGAAUUAUGUAUUAGAAUACUAUCAAACUGUAAUCUCGUACAGUAAGUAUAUAUCUUAUAUAUAGAAUAAAUGCAAGUUUUUACAAGCACAA